CGUCACUUGUGAACCCCGGAAGUUUUAACGUAACGUAACGUAAUGUGUAGGCUAGUGCACGUUCAAGCUAACAGCCGAUUCGAUGGUUAGUUCUUAGUUUCUCCUGCCGAAGAGAUUAUAUUCUACUGAUAUAAAAAAAUGUCCAUGUCCCACCUUUAUGGACGGAGAGGGAUGGAGGAGGAAGAGGAAGGCGUCGAAAUAGAGAGCUUUGAAGUGACAGACUGGGACCUGGCAAAUGAGUUCAACCCAGACCGUCGGCACUACAGGCAGUCCAAGGAGCAGGCAACUUAUGGCAUCUGGGCCGACAGAGAUUCAGAUGAGGAUGAAAGGCCAAGUUUUGGAGGCAAAAAAUCGAAAGACUACUCUGCUCCAGUCAGUUUUGUAAGUGCUGGUCUGCGUAAGACUGCAGAAGAGGAAAAACAGCAACAAAAAGGAGACCUAGAUGAUGAUGCAGAUGAUGAUGAUGCUCCUCCGGCCCGUUCUCCUCAACGCAAUGCACCCAAAAGGCUUCAAAUGGGUGAUUUCAACAGGAAGCAAUCUCAGAGGUUUGCAGGUGGAAUCCAGCCUGGAAAAGGCAUUGGUAGCUGGGAGAAGCACACAAAGGGAAUUGGACAGAAGCUUCUACAAAAAAUGGGAUAUCAGCCUGGCAGAGGCUUAGGCAAAAAUGCACAAGGUAUUGUAACACCAAUUGAGGCAAAGGUUCGCAAAGGGAAGGGAGCAGUUGGUGCUUAUGGCAGUGAACGAACCAAGCAGAGCCUUCAGGAUUUCCCAGUAAUAGACUCAGAUGAGGAGGAAGAAAAGGAAUAUCAGAAAGAGCUCGGCCAGUGGCGUAAGGAUCCUGCAGGGACACAAGGGAAGAAGAAACCCAAGUACUCCUACAAAACUGUAGCUGAACUGAAGGCUAAAGGCAAACUAGUAGGACGCAGCACACAAGCAGCAACUGCUGGAGAGCUGGCACAAGUCAAGGUGAUUGAUAUGACUGGAAGAGAGCAAAAGGUUUACUACAGUUACAGUCAAAUGUCCAAUAAGCACAGUGUUCCAGAAGAAGUUCCUCCGAGUGCUUCCAGUAGAGAGCAGAAAGGACCUGGCUUUGCUUUGCCAGAACUUGAACAUAACCUGCAGCUGCUAAUAGACCUUACAGAACAUGACAUACUACAGUCUGCCAGGCGUUUGGAGCAUGAAAAAGACAUAGUUGUGUCUCUAAGCCACGAGUCAGAAGCACUGCAGAAAAGACUGGAUGCCGAACAAGAAGCCAUCCAAAGAAUGGAGGCUGUACUGGCAUUGGUAGAUCGCUUUCCUUCAGAUGACGUAGCACCUGGGGAAGGACCCACUCUGCAGGAGUGUGCCCAGAUCUUCGAGACCUUGCAAACAGACUUUUAUGAAGAAUACAAAAUGAUGGGAUUGGCAGACUUAGCAGUAGCAGUUGUUCAUCCAUUGCUGAAACAGAAACUUUGUUCCUGGGACCCACUGAAGGACAACUCUUAUUUUCUGGAAGAUGUUGGUCAGUGGAGAGCAAUUCUUGAGUCUAGAGACCUGCACUCUAGUGCUCCAGACUCAAAUAUGGACCCUUACCACAGGCUUUUGUGGGAAGUGUGGAUCCCAGUGAUACGGCCUUGUGUGUUAGGCUGGCAGCCUCGUAUAGUUGGCCCGAUGGUAGACUGCUUAGAAAUGUGGGCUCCUCUGCUCCCUGUGUGGAUCAGGGAUCACCUGUUGGAGCAGCUGAUCUUACCACGACUACAGCGAGAGGUGGAAACCUGGAACCCUUUGACAGACACAGUUCCCAUCCACUCCUGGAUCCACCCUUGGCUUCCUCUACUACAGUCCCGCUUGGAGCCUUUGUACCCGCCCAUUAGAAGUAAACUGUCGAAUGCUCUGCAGCGUUGGCAUCCAAGUGAUUCUUCAGCACGACUUAUCCUGCAACCUUGGAAAGAUGUUUUUACACCUGGCGCAUGGGAAGCUUUUAUGGUGAAAAACAUCAUUCCAAAGCUAGCUUUGUGUUUAGAGGAAUUGGUUAUCAAUCCUCACCAGCAGCAGAUGGAGCCAUUUCACUGGGUCAUGGACUGGGAGGGAAUGCUGUCCCCUUCAAGCCUGGUUUCUCUGCUGGACAAAAAUUUUUUCCCAAAAUGGUUGCAGGUGUUGUGCUCAUGGUUAAGCAACAAUCCUAACUAUGAAGAAAUCACUAAAUGGUACCUGGGAUGGAAGAGCAUGUUCAGCGAUGCUUUGUUGGCACAACCUGUCAUAAAAGAGGAGUUCAAUGAAGCUUUGGACAUCAUGAACCGUGCUGUUUCUACAGCCAUGGGUGGAUAUAUGCAACCAGGUGCAAGGGAGAAUAUUGCAUACCUCACGCAAACAGAGAGAAGGAAGGACUUCCAGUAUGAAGCGAUGCACGAACGCCGAGAGGCAGAGAGUGUGGCUCAGAGAGGAGUCAGUAGUUCUGGACCAACAAACUUUAAAGAUCUUAUCCAGACCAAAGCAGAGGAAAAUAACAUUGUCUUUAUGCCAUUAGUGGCCAAACGCCACGAAGGCAAACAGCUGUACACAUUUGGACGCAUUGUCAUUUACAUAGACAGAGGUGUUGUGUUUGUGCAAGGAGAGAAAACUUGGGUGCCCACAUCUUUGCAGAGUCUGAUAGAUAUGGCCAAAUAGGGCUAAGCUGUUGAAUGUGAAAGAUAGACAGACAUGAUCUGCUUGUGAUAUUGAUUAAUACCUGUGUAAACAAGCAUCAUGUUUUCCAGUAACAUCAACUCCGUAGAAUAAAGAACUGUUACUUUUUUUCUUCUGAUCAUGUGUGUUCAAUUUUUUUACAGAGGGAGAAUAGGAAAAAAACAGAAGAGUGUGCUUCUGUGAAAGUAAAAUGCAGGUUAUUAGACCUAAGUUUGUGUGCACAUUGCCAAAAAGGUGGUCCUUUGUUACCUUACGUGAUUUGAUUUUCUGUACUUGCUCAGACUAAAAGGGGUGACUGACUGAUUUUAAGUCUCUGUCAGCAACAAAAAAAAAAAAAAAAAACUUUAAUUGAAACACAUGUGAUAUACUGUGUUUAUGUUGUAGAGCACUGUACAUUCUAUGUCUGUUUGAAAUUGUAUGCAGCCCUUAGGUUGAUACACAUUUAAAGACAUUGCUUAAUCAUUGUCUUUUCAAAUUGUAUUUGCUAUUUUUUUGAAUGUCAGAAAGUAAUCAAAUUAUAUGUUUGUAACACAUUUUAUAUUGUUUCAUUUCAUUGGUAAUUUAUAGUAUUAAGAAGCACAUCGUUACAUGAAAACUACUUUAACAAUUAUUCCA